AAGAGAGGAAAAGACAGAAAGUGCUACGUCAGAGUCCUUUGGUUGUAGGGUAGGGUUGCCUUCUCCCUUCUCUUUCUCUUCUUGGGUUUUGUGGAGAAUCCCCUUCCCUCAUCCACAUCUCUUUCUCUCUCUCUGAGUUUCAACAACUGGGUCUACAUUUUUGUUCAUACUUGUGUGUGUGGUGCAAUUACUGUGUUUUUGUUGCGUGAUUAUGAUUUUGGAAGCUUGAAGUUGCUGUACCACCAUAUAUAUAUCUGGUUUCACUACUUCUACUAAUUCUCUUUGUCAACACUUUCUUCUUCUUCUUUCCUAAAAUAAGAUAAAGAAGAAGCUAAGAAGUAAAAACAGAAAAUUGUCUCUUGGGUUGGUUCCAAAACUAAACAAUGAAGUAGCUAUAAUAAUAGCAAGCUAACCAUCCAAGUUUAAUCAUAUUAUUUUGGUUCAUAUUCAUAUUUAACAAACACUUUUCUAAUCAAGACUUGGUUGUAGUUUUUAAUUUGCUUCUCUUUGCUUUGCUUUACUUUGUUCUGUUCUGUUGUUUCUUUUCCAAUUUUUUCUAAUUAAGGUAAGGAGUGAGGAGUUUAGUAAUUCCUUAUCCUAGCUUAUAUACUUAGAUCCCAGAAUUAUAGAACACCCUUAUUGGGACCGACAAGAUGUUGAAUUGAAGGGGCUCAUAUGUUACAACAACACAAGAAGCAAGCAUUAGCAGGAGUAGUAAUUCAAGAGAACAUGUCAAACUUCACUCCACCACCACCAUCUCAAACUCAUGGACAAGUUAAUAAGAAGAAGAGAAGCCUCCCUGGUAACCCAGACCCUGAUGCUGAAGUAAUAGCGUUGUCACCGAAGACUCUGAUGGCGACGAACAGAUUCUUAUGCGAGAUCUGUGGGAAAGGGUUUCAGAGAGACCAGAAUCUGCAGCUGCACAGAAGAGGCCACAACUUGCCGUGGAAGCUGAAGCAGAGAACGAAGACGGAGGUGGUGAGGAAGAAGGUGUACGUGUGCCCGGAGCCAACUUGCGUACACCACGAUCCCGGCAGAGCACUGGGAGACCUCACCGGAAUCAAGAAGCACUUCAGCAGAAAGCACGGCGAGAAGAAGUGGAAAUGCGACAAGUGCUCUAAGAAGUACGCCGUUCAAUCCGACUGGAAAGCUCACUCCAAAACCUGCGGCACUCGCGAGUACCGAUGCGACUGCGGCACCCUCUUCUCAAGGAGGGACAGUUUUAUCACGCACAGAGCGUUUUGUGAUGCGCUUGCAGAAGAAAGCGCGAGAGCUGUGACAGCUGUAUCUCAGUCUCAAUCUCAUGAAAUCCAUGGAUUCUCACUGAAGCAAGAGCAGCAAAGUAGUUUCAGCACCAUGACACCGUGGCUUGAUUUCUCGUCAGUUACUACUACGACGACGACUCCAAGGUUGGAUCUGGAUGAACAAGUACCAAAUCGAAACCCUAACCCUAGCGGUGUAAUUGGACCCACAGCGCACAUGUCAGCAACUGCGUUGCUUCAGAAAGCAGCGCAGAUGGGUGCAACCACCACCACCACCACCGUCAGCUCAUCCGCACAACACUCACAGUCACAGCUCAUCAGGACCCACCCGCAGGGUCACGUGUCUGACACUUUUGGUUUGAAUUUGUCCUCACGUGACGACCCUACUGCUUUCGCUCACCAUGGCUUCUUCCCGCCUCCUGCUUCUUCUCCGUCUCUCCUCCACCACGUCAUCAACUCUUUUGACGACGCUUUUGGCGCCAAUGACGGUGCUGGCGAGGGAAUGACCAGGGAUUUCUUGGGGCUUAGGCCUCUCUCUCAUAGCGAUAUCCUCACCAUUGCCGGUAUCAGUAACUGCAUCAACUCUACUUCUUCUUCUUCCCCGCAUCAUCAUCACCAAAAGCCAUGGCAAGAUUAGAUUCAAAUGGAAGAAUUAGUAGUGAUAACAUGGUCGGUCCUUACACACUUACUUUACAUUCUCUAUUGUUUAGUCCAUGAACCUUUGUUGAGCUUAAGCCUUAAGCAAAUGAAAAGAUCAUAUGGGUAAAUUAAAUUCUGUCGAUUAUAUUCUUUUUC